AAGUUCUUCUAGUCGCGUCGAAGUAGUGCGGUACGAGAUUUAGGUUAUUAAUUAACUUUUUUGUAACUAAUAUCAGAUUGAAUAAAUAAAUUGGCUAAAAACUCUGAGUAAUUUAUGCUGCAGUUUUAUAAAAACACGGUUCUAUGGAGCUCUAAAAAAAGACUGAAUGAAGAACAUAUACUAAUGCCUAUGUAGGGAUGAAUGUAUCAAUAAAUACUACAUACCUACUUCUGCUGCUAAAAUCUAUCGUGAUAUUUUGUAUAUGCGUGGUAUCCCAAUAAAUGUGUUAUUUUAUUGAUAAUAUAAUUUAGAAUGUGUUCGACUUACAAAUACCCUGCAUCGUCGUAAUUGAGGUCACACAUUUUUUUACUUAACGCAAACUGCAAUUUAUUAUCAUUCUAAACAUCAGCCAGACAAUUGGCCGCAUAUUCAGAUUCAACUUUGUGUUUUUACAUGGCUAUGAAGUUAAAUUGUCUGUGACCAGCAUCCCAGCAAGUAGACACAAAUUCUGUGCAGCAAUUUAUGUUCCAUUUGUUGUGGAGUUCAUGAAGUAGGACCAGAUCGGCCGGAUCAAAAGCCACCGAAAAAAGUGUCAGUGUUGAGAUUAGAGGACGUAAACGAAGAGCAAUUAGAGAACACCGAUAGCAUGCAUCAUGGCUCGUCAUAUAAUGGCUGUUUGUGUUGUGUGCCUGCUUUGUGCAGAUCAUUUACCGUGCCAACAACACGUUGAAACGUUAUUUUCCCAACAACUUGGUGGUGUUGGUGCUGCAGCAGCUUCUUCGUUCUCCUCUGGCCAUCAUAGUAAUGAUUGGCCACAACCGGAGGAACUUAGUCCUGUGAAUGCCAUUGUCUACAACACACACCAAAAUGAUAUAUCUGUCGCCGCCACAUCGAGCUUUUCUGCCAAAAGUCAACAGAAACGAACCACCGUCGAUGCUUCAUCGUUAGCAUAUAAUGCCGCCAUCGCCAGCGCCACCUCCACAACAACGAACAGUGGUGAUCAUCGUAAUCGCAGAAGAAAAAAACGUCACACUGAUCACGGUCAUGGUAGUUCCAGCGAAAUAUCACCUGCCCGACCAGAAAUCACCGAUACAUUUGUGAGAAGAAUUUUCAGUGAGUAUGGCAGCGGUGACACUAUACAUGUCGCGGACUUUCAGCGUAUGUUACAAAAAUUGGGUUUACAUCAAUUACUGCCGCAGAAACUGCUGAUGCACAGUCAUGAGGAGAGUGACAAUGAAACUUGUAUUAGAGACUCAAAGUUAAUAAGUUAUAUCAAAUCUUCAUCAUCUCCACAUGAUCAUGAUCAUACGGAUCAUAAUCAUCACCACCAUCAUGCUAAUGAAUCCUCCGAUCAGGAUAUGAGAAAUUGCUCAGAUGCCUCUGAGGCUUGUGCAUUGGCUCACACACACGAUGAUGAUGAGGAAGUGGAUGAGGAUGGGCACAAUCAUUUCAAUUACACUUUGUCUUCAGAAGACAUCGUUAAUGUGUGCCCCGUUCUAUUGUAUCAAUUAACAUCCACCAGUGAUUCCAAUAACAAAGGUUGCAUAGAGGCGGAUAUUCUGUUGGAGAUUGAUGAACAUGAAGCCAAACGUGUGAAACAGCCCAAAGAGGACAUUGUAUUGGUUUGGAUUUAUUCAUUCGCCGCAGUAUUUGCUUGCAGUAUUCUGGGUUUAGUUGGUGUUGCUAUAAUACCCUUCAUGAAUUCACGUUUCUAUAAACACAUCAUACAGUUUCUGGUUGCGUUGGCUGUUGGCACUAUGACAGGAGAUGCUUUGCUGCACUUGUUGCCCCAUUCUUUAGCUGGCCAAAGCGAGAGCAACAUGAUCUUUAAAGGUCUUACGUGUAUGGGUGGCAUUGUGUUUUUCUAUAUCACCGAACAUGGUCUGACUAUGGUAUCGGAGUGGCGCAAGAGCGUUGUCAAAAAAGAGGCCACCAAGCCAUCGAGAGCUAAGGUAAUGAGAGAUCCAGAUUCAUCGCACAAUAACUCGGUGGCUGGCGAUAAGGUCUGCAAAUCCAAGUACAGCUCAUAUCCAUACUGUUAUGAUGAAAUUGCAAUGGAUACCAAAAAUGAUGUAUGGUUACACUUGCCCAACAACAAGGCGGCGGAUAAUGUGGUCGUCUCCCAUUCGAACCGUAACGGUAAAUUGGAUACAGAUGCCGUGGAAAAUGCCACACAGUCUUUACUUUCGACAUCGCAAAACAACUAUGCUCCCUUGGCAGAUAGAAAUCAUCGACACCAUGAGCCUCAUUCAAUGCCUCAUCAUCAUCAUAAUGACCUGCAGCAGUCAUCGCAACCUAAUAGCACAUCAUCUUGCCAGAGUCAACAUGUGCCGGAUAGCAGUACAUUGGCUACCGAUUUAGAUGGCAAUGUUGUGGGCGAUGGGGCAGUUAUCAAUACAAUAGCUUCCAACACUAAUGGCAAGGAUUUAAUGAAUGACACAGUUACCGUUAUCCUUCGAGAGCACGAAUCGUCACACCACGGACAUUCGCAUAAACAUGGUCAUGUACAUUCACCACCAGAAUCGUUGAGCGCUGUUGUCUGGAUGAUCAUAAUGGGUGAUGGUUUACAUAACUUCACCGAUGGCAUGGCAAUAGGAGCUGCCUUUGCCGAAAACAUGGCUGGAGGAUUUUCAACGGCCUUGGCUGUAUUCUGUCAUGAGUUACCCCACGAAUUGGGCGACUUUGCAAUUCUAAUGAAAGCAGGAAUGUCUGUCAAAUCGGCUGUGUAUUACAAUCUGCUAACAGGAGUUCUAAGCUUCAUUGGCAUGAUAUUUGGCAUUAUCUUUGGCCAAUCCCAUGAGACGGCACAAUGGAUGUUUGCAGCAGCUUCAGGUUUAUUUAUCUACAUAGCAAUGGUUGAUAUGAUGCCUGAAAUAUCAGCAGCUCACAAGUCUUUGCAACAAUUCGCAUUACAGAUAUUGGGCAUGUCUAGCGGUGUAUUACUUAUGCUUUUAAUAGCCAUCUAUGAGGGUGAUUUAAUGACUAUAUUUUCGUCAAACUAAAAGGGAAACUACAUAUGGUAACAGAAAUAGCAGCAGCAGCAUGGGCAACAACAGCUAAAACAACACAAUAAAAGUAACUUCGUGUACAUUAAUAUGGAUUCCUAUUAAAACUACAAAAGAACUAGUUAAGAGUAAACAUUUAAAAUAUUUAUACUCUCUCAGUAUCUCUGCCUAACCAACCACCCACUACUCCCACAUGAAAUUGAAGAAUUUUUGAAUUUUUCUUAAGAAAAAAAAAAAAACACAAACAACACAACCAAUCGAAAGUGUCAUCCCAUGGCAGCCGGUUGUACGAACCGGAUUGACCCGAUGGAGUCUUUCAUCGGCAAGGGCUGCCGCCUCAGUGUACAACACAACAACAAGUGUCACAAAAUAGAACAAGCAUUAUAGGAUAACUACUAAAAAGGUUUAACUGAACACAGCCAGAAACACAAAAGCCGUAUUUGAUUACUAACCCUACCCCUCUAUUUCGCUACUUCUUUUAGUGAUAAAAAAAAACAACUAAGUAUGUGUAUUUAUACAAAGUAUAUUAAGCUCAAAUGUUAACUACUCACAUCUACUUCCUACCUAUUAUCUAAUACCACACUUACCCGACACUCACACACACACACACACACACACAAACACAAUGUUUACUAACGCCUACCCUGCAAACAAUUUCGAAGGAAUUUCUCACUCUCUCGCUGAAUUGUCGCUUUUGGUAGUUCAGAAAGAUUGUUUGUGGAUUUUUCAUGAUCUAAAACAACAAAAUAUUUUAUCAUUCAUGUUUCGCUAAUUACGUAUAGUUUCUCAUCUUCUAGUGUUAUUCGUGCAAGUUUUUGGUUGUUGCUUGUGACACUUACUUAAAACAACACAUACACAAGAUAUUGUAUAUCUACUUAGGUUUCUGCAAUCAUUUAAGAGAUAGAGUGACAUCAUACGCCUUGAAAACAUGAGGUUGUCUGUGCAAAUCCAAGUCGGGGACAAUUAUUAAGCCCGACACGAAAGAGAAAUAAACAAAGAAAGACACAUAAUAAUGAUCUUCGCCCUUAUAGCCUAAAAAAUUGAAAAAAUAGAUAAUUUACACACAUUAUCGAAUUUUAAACAUAUAUCGCACGUUUUCUCUCGUACGAGGACACUAAUUGUUUUUUAACUUAUCAAUUUUUAACUUCUUGGAUGCCAAUUUAGUGAACCGCGCGAGAGAAAUUGUUUGCAGGAUAGGUUGUAAGUAAUGGCGCACCCCUUUUUCUAAAGCCCUGAAAGCUUUUUUUCUCGUAACUCACAAAAUAGCUAAUUUGAUUUUUUGUAACUUCAUUUUAAAAACAUACAUAUAUACUCACACCCCCCACACUCACACACAAAACACAUUUUGAAUAAAAAGGACUGAUGAAAUUGUGGAAUAAUAAUUGAAAUUUUAUACUGCACUGGUAUAGCAACUCUACAUACUACAACAACAAUAACAUAGAACCUUUCAUGUACUUCUACUUUCCAGUUUCAUUCUCUCAGUUUCCUCUUCGUUUCGUUUUUAAGUAAAAUUUAUCAAGAAAAAAAAAUAGUUGUUGUUUUUGUUUUCUAUAGCAGAUUGUUUAACUUCAUUUUUUUUUUCAACAUAUUUUGCCACUGUCUUUGUUUACUUAAUAUUAGCUUUAAGGCUUACUAUCUACUUACGAUGUUAAUUAUAUUUAAGUUAUAUAAGCAAAAUACAACCAAUCAACCAACAGCAACAACAGCAGCAGAAAAGAAAAGCAUUAUGUUUAAAUUUAAUUGAUAAUCAAACAAAAAAAAAAUAUUUAUGAAUUUGUCGUAAUUUUUCUUUCUCUUAAAACACUAUAAGUGAUUAAAUAUUUCGUAUUUUUUAAAAGAAAAUAUAUCCUUAUACGAAAAACA